AUGUCAUAUGUAUUAACAGCAAUAUCACACGGCGAUAGUAAAUUUGAAACCGAGACAUUGAAUUCUAUCAGAGAGUUUAUCCACAAUAAAUUUACCCUCAUUUCAUCUAAAGAGUUAUCACCACGUGCAAUAGAUUAUACCAUUCUGAUCAAUGAUUUUGAAUCUAGCAAGGAAAUUGUGAAAGAAUUUUCUAUAUCCAAGUCUUUUGAUUUGGUUAUUCAACCAGAAUCAUCAAGAAAAACCAAAAAAUUGUUUAUUUUUGAUAUGGACUCUACAUUGAUUUAUCAAGAAGUAAUCGAAUUGAUCGCAAGUUACGCCGACAUUGAAGAUAAGGUCGCUGAAAUUACCACUCGAGCCAUGAAUGGAGAAUUAGAUUUUAACCAAUCAUUAGCCGAAAGAGUAUUGCUAUUGAAGGGGAUUGACGCAUCUUCAAUUUGGGAUGAGUUGAAAUUGAAAAUUCAAGUAACAAAGGGAGUUCCUGAAUUAUGCAAAGCAUUGAAAAAAUUAGAUAUAGUCAUGGGAGUUUGUUCAGGAGGGUUUAUCCCGUUGGCGGAGUUUUUAAAGGAGAAGUUAGGCUUGGACUACGCUUUUGCCAAUACCUUAGGAGUCGAUGACUCUAAUCGUUUAAAUGGUACCACUGUUGGUCCUAUAGUGAACGGAGAAAAAAAAGCAGAAUUAUUAUUAGAAAUAGCUAAAAAACACAAAAUAGAUCCAUUGGAUGCCGUUGCAGUUGGAGAUGGAGCUAAUGAUUUGAAAAUGAUGUCUGUAGCUGGAUUCGGUAUUGCUUGGAAUGCUAAGCCUAAGGUACAAAAACAAGCACCAGCCUGCUUAAACACGAAGAGCUUAUCGGAUAUUUUAUACAUCAUGGGCUACAGUGACAAAGAAAUAAAAGAGUUGAUAGAUUAG